ACCAGAGAGUCCUGGGGGGAAUGACAAUCACUCCACUAGCUAGUACUUGAAGUGACCGAGGUGAGGCAGCUAGCUUAGGUGUUCAGCUCCCACUCUUCCUCAGUCACUACUCACUGGACGGCACCGAGAGCUUGCUCCGGCCAUGGCCAAGCUCGCCGUGCGGCUCAAGAGCAAGUUCUUCGGCCUCGUGGGCCGUAUCACCGUCUGCGGCCGUGCCGGAAAUAAGGACGCCGCCGCUAACGGUGAUGCCAAGUCAGCGUCCUCCCAGCACGUUGAGAUCAGAUCAAGAGGAGCUGCCCCAGUCCCGUCAGGAGGGUCCAAGUCUCGUAGCAACGAGAUGGACUACUGAUCCUCUGAUCAGGAUUGUUACCAUACCAGUGCACGAAUCACAAGGCUGACGCAGUCUCGAGAUUGAAAACCUUCCUUCUCUAGCUUCUUCCCUUGUGUUUUUCCCCAGUAGUACGUCAUGCAAAAUCUGUUGCUGGUAAUCUGCUCUUUUUGGCCUUCUUUUUGUGUGGUUUUCAUUUUGUAAUUUCCAUAUGUUGCUGUCGGGAUUUUACAAGGUGUGCCGUGUUUGUGUGUUUACUGAAUCUGUACAUGCUUGAUUUUAAUGUUCUUGUAUGAUGGUUGGACUGAAUCUGUAUCAUGCCUCA